UACGAUUUAGUUCGUAAACGGGGAGAACGAAGGUCGAAGCAGGUAUACUCAGUGGUAAUGUUAGAAUUUGUGACACUGACGUCGCUGAUCUUCGUUGUUUUGGUCAUCUGGUAUUGGCUAUGGGAGUGCUCCUCUUUUGUCCGGCAAAUCGACCGCAUUCCUGGGCCGCCUAAAGUUCCAUUCUUUGGGAAUGUGUUUGGAAUUCCUCGAGAUGGCUCAGAAUUCCUCCAGACAUUGCAUGUUAAAUGGGUUGAACAAUACGGCCGCAUCUACAGGACAUGGAGAGGAGGAACUGCCAUCGUUGCGAUUUCAUCCCCUCAAUACAUUGAACGCAUCCUUACAAGCCAGAAGAAUAUCGACAAGAGCAGCUACUACGCUAUUAUGGAACCUUGGCUAGGCAAUGGCUUGUUAUUAUCAUCCGGUGACAAAUGGAAAAAGGAUCGCCGUCUGCUGACACCAGCGUUUCACUUUCAGAUUUUGGGAGAUUUUUUUGAAGUUUUUCAUAGAAAUGCUGAUAUCCUAGUGGAGCAGAUUAUCAACCAGCUGACAGACAGCGAGGAAAUUGACAUUUUUCCUAUGAUGUCACGCUGUACCUUGGAUAUCAUAUCCGAGGCUGCCAUGGGUAUUAAAGUUAAUACGCAAACCGAGUCGGAUUCAGAGUACAUCAAAUCGAUUGAUCGAGUGCAAGAAAUGACGCGAGGCAGAUUUUAUUCCGUCCUUGGCUUAUUACCAGAUUGGAUUUAUUUCUCGUUGACACCAAGUGGGAGAAAACUUGGUAAACACAUCCAGACACUACACAGCUUCACAAUGAAGGUCUUGCGCGAUAGAAAACAACAAAUCGAAAAUGCUCAGACGGAUGAAGAAAUCGACCCGGUUGAUGAUUCGGAUGAGUUGACAAUUAGCGCUCGGAGGAGGAAACCUUUUUUGGAUUUAUUGUUGGAAACCGCUAAACGAGGAACGGAGUUGAGCGAGUCAGACAUUCUCAGCCAAGUCGACACUUUUAUGUUUGCGGGACAUGAUACCACCUCGGUUGCUCUCACUUGGUUUUUGUAUUGCAUGGCAACUCAUCCGGAAGAGCAGGAACGCGUCUAUGAAGAACUGCUGGAAUGUUUCGGCGAUUCAGACCGGCAUUGUGCCUUGGAAGAUUUGCCUCAUUUGAAAUAUCUCGAGUGUUGCAUGAAAGAGUCCAUCCGCCUUUACCCUAGCGUCGCCAACUUCCGUCGACAAAUCAGCGAACAAGUUCAACUGGGCGACUUUACUCUUCCGGUCGGAGCUUCGGUUAGCGUUCAGGUUUAUGCGCUUCAUCGUAAUAAAGAACUCUUUCCCGAUCCUUUGUCUUUCAAGCCGGAACGAUUUCAAAAGGAGCAGAGCAUCGGACGACAUCCUUUUGCUUUUAUUCCCUUUAGCGCCGGACCCCGAAAUUGCAUCGGACAGAAAUAUGCAGUUUACGAAGAGAAGGCUAUAUUAAUCGCUCUCUUACGUAAAUUUCGGUUCAGUAUAGAUAAGCGUCACCUGCCGGUCAAAGAGACUCACGGCAUCAUUAUGAAACCGGCCGGUGGGAUGCCUCUGUUAAUUACGUUGCGUUAAAAAUAGUUUGUCGAUUUCGUUGACUAUGAAUAAAAAGAGUUAUGCCGCUAAAUAA